GAUCAGCUCCGCAUCUCACUGUCCCCAAAGUCCACCCACCCGCUCUCUCUUUCCCCACUUGCCUCCUCUCGUCUCGUCGUCCUCACAUUUUCCUCACAUUUUUAUUGCUCUUCCCACACGCCCCGAUCUCAUCUUGCGUUUGCUUUGCUUUGCUUGGUUUCUUCUUUCUGUUCCCCGAUUUUUUUUUAAUUUACUAACCCCGGUUUACUUCUCUGUUUCACUCUGCUUUUUUGCGUUGCCCUGCUUUGCUUCUACUCCCCUUCACUCGCCCGACGCGCCCGCCCGCCUCUCUUUCCUCGCCCCUUCCUUCGCUUCGCAUUCCUCCCCAGUCUCACGCACCACCAACCCAAAACCCUAGCUGCCAUUUGCUUUUCGCCCAUGGCGUCCCCCGCGCGCCCGGCCGCCGCAUCCGUCUCCGGCGCCUUCGGCCUCCCGCCCGACCCCGCUCGCUGCUCCUUCGACCAGACGCGCCGCCGCGCCGAGGAUUCGCAGGACAAGAGGCUGGUGCGGACGUUCGUCAACGUGUACGGCCAGGAGGGCUGUUACCCCAAGGAGGCGGUCAUGGCGGCCGUGGAGGAGUGCAUGAAGAAGCAGGCCGACGGGCUGCUGCAUUCGCUCGAGGGCAUCGGCGGGAGGCUCUCCCAGCUCGAGCUCUACUGCUACAAGCUCGAGAGAUCCAUCGGGGAGCUGCGGAGCGACGUCAUGGAUUAUCACAGCGAGGCCACCGUCAACUUCCGGUGCCUCGACAAGAAUAUCAGACAGGUUCAGAAAGCUGUACAGAUGCUUCAAGAUAAGCAUGAGUUUGCCGACACGGCGCAACAACUAGCCAAACUUCAAAUGGCACAUGAAUUUCCUGCUAGAACAAAUGGGGCCACUGCCUUGCCAAUGCUUGCAGCAAGGGAAAAUGAUCACAGCACACAAGUUGCGAAACAUGAGGUUUCAUUUGUUCCAAUUCACCAAGUUAAUACCAUGCAAUCUCCUGCUAUGCCGACCCAAAGCAGCAAUGGUUAUGUUCUGCAGCAACUAGUGCCUGUAUCUUUGAGCACACAGCACGAGCAGCAGCAUCCGAACCAAGCUGCUGUGUACUACAUGCAAAGCCAAAAUCAUGUUAAGUGCACAGAGAACAAACCGUCUGAGUCUUUUGUUCAGGUUAUGCAACCCCAGGCCCAGAAUCCUGAAGCUAGGGUUGCAGUUGAGCUACCUCAGAAAUCUAGUCAGGCAACAGAGUUAUACCCUCCACAGCAGCAGCAUAUGCUACCGACGCCUGCUCAGCAUCUUGAGUCACAGGCAUGGCGAUCACAACCACCUGUCGCCCAACAGCAGCAGUACAGCGUUCAGCAAGUUCAGCCACAGAUAGUCCAACAGAAGACAUCAUCUCCUCAUUCUCAAAGUGCUCCUCAAGUCACACUCAUGUAUCCUCCAUACUGUUCUCAGAAGCCUGCCAAUGCAACCACUGAGCCACUCCCGAGAAGUUUGAUUGUGCAGUCUCCAUACUCUUCACCUCAGCAGAAGCAUCAUGAAGUCACGCCUUCGUUUUAUGGCCAAGGCAACACAAUUUUGCUUCCUACAGCAGAACAUAAUAUCCAACAUCAACAGCCACAGCAACUGCAGCCACACAGCCAGGGCUCAUGCCCACCUCAGCCAAGCAAACCCAGUCACUGCAGUGUUGCAUCAUAUGCUGUUCAAGGCAGUGGCCGAGCCUACAACACCACAUAUAAGAAUCCAGCUGAGUGUCCUGCGACGGUUGUUGCUGUUCUGCCUCAGCAUCCAGCAACUGCUCCUAUGGCAUUUCAUCAUUUGGGAUCGCAAGUCAUGCAUAACCAUCCAUUUGGAAAUAUGUUUGAAACGGGCAGUGUAGUAGGGUAUCCACAGGAUCGAGUUGGGAGUAUGACACUCCCAGUGGUGUCUGCCGCCCGACCUGCAGACUCUGGUGUCAUUGCUGAUAAGCUCAAUGCUGGUAGCAAUGUUACAUCCCCACGAGACUGGUCUGCAUAGUGCAAUACAGCCAGUUAUAUUGGGUACUUCAUUCCUAUGACAACUUAUUUCCGUGACUAUAACUGGAAGCUUAUCAGCUAUCGUAUGGGUAUUUCAUCUGGCUUCCUUUUAUUAGCCAGCAGAUUGGUACAGAUCCUUCUACUUUUUUCAGCUGAAGGGUCAACCUGAAAUAAGAAUGGUAGAUUAGUCUAGUGAUGCUGCUGGCAUGUCCUCACUUUUUAUGGACACAUCUUACUUGUAACUGGCGGUUAACUGAUGAACUUUUGCCUCUGCGAUAUGAAUAUAUGACGAGUUUACAUCAACUUA